UAUAUAAUGAGAUCUGUGGAUCAUAUUCGCAUUCAUGCAGAGCACAGACGCCUGACCCACAUUCAUCUUCGCGUCUACUCAAUGACACAUCUACAGUGAGUGACACAACCUUUUAUCAACAUGGGAGUCCAAGGACUGAAGACCUACAUUGAAAGCAGCAGCAGGAAUGAUUUAAAGAGCUGGGCUUUUAGAGACAAUCAGCUAAUUAUUGAUGGAUGCAAUUUAUUUCACUCCCUGUGUUUCGACUCCAAUCUGGAUCAGAUGCACGGAGGAGACUAUGAUACCUUCGAGAAAGUGGUCAGACAGUUCUUCGAGAACCUUUCAGCAUGUGAUGUUCACCCAUACGUUGUGAUUGAUGGCGGGGAUGAUCACACUGACAAAAAAUGGGACACCCUCGUGACACGAAAACAGAAGAAAAUAAAGGAUGCCUAUGACCUGUCUGUGGGGAAGAGACGGCAUGUCCUUCCUCUUCUCUCUGAAAAGGUGUUCAAACAAGUCCUCAAGAAGCUCAAGGUACCGCUGGUUCAGACUCUUGAAGAGGCCGAUUGGGAAAUUGCAGCAUUGGCAGAAGAAUGGAAUUGUCCAGUUUUGUCCAACGACAGUGACUUCUACAUAUUCAACCUCAGGGCAGGACUUCUGCCAAUCACACAUUUCCACUGGAGAAGAGUGAGAGUGAACAGAAAAACAAACCAAAAAUUCAUCUCAAGCAAGCAUUUCAUUGCACGAAAAUUCUGCAAAUCCUUCAAUAUGAACGUCAGCCUUCUUCCGGUCUUCGCUUCCAUCUUAGGCAACGAUUAUGUGAAGCUCCCAAAUAUCAAGAACCGGGAUUGGGAGAGGUACUCGAAUCCUGGCGCUGAGAAUCCUCAAAUUGAUGGGCUGCUUAACUGGUUAUCCCAGUUUCCAGGGCCAGACGAAGCUAUAAGCGCUUUGCUGAAGCUAACAAGAAACAAAACCAAAGCCCAGGAAGAACUUUCCCAUGGAAUACAAGAUUACAAGCUCGUCCCUGGUUCUCUUGCCCAAAUUUUUAGCUCAACUAAGGUUCCACGAAAAAUAUCCACAGGCCCUCUACAAGUUCUGCCUAGAUGGACCUUGAGACCCAUACUUGAUGGAAAGAUGUGCUCCUUUAUUAUCAAUGUACUGCUACAUAAUAGAGCUUCCUUGAAUGCCCAAGUUGAAGAUUUUCAACUCCCAAGUGCCAAUGAAACUUCUCUUCACAUACGCCAAGUGUUUUACGGCUUACUGUUGUUGGGAGAACAACAGACACCGGGUAAACGAGAGUCAGUCACCGGCACAAGCAAACGCUAUGUUGUUGAAUAUAGCAGACAGCAAAUAAAACUAAGCAGUGAGAACGUCGAAGCCAUACAGACGAAGGCGACAAAAGGACUUCGACUGGAAACAUUAUACCAGGAGCCACACGCUGUGCGACUUCAGGUGAUCCUGGACACUUUGGGUGUUUCGUGUGAGAUGUUAAAAGGGACCCCAGAUGCUCUACAGCUGCAGAUGUUUGUGACAAGGUACUGGUUGGUAAACGCAGAACCACAGCCGUGCCGAGUGCAUCUUUGGGGGCUGCUACUGGGAAUGGUUUAUGGAAAGCUCAGCAGUUCACCUAAUGCACAAAAAGACAUGCUGUCGAGACUGAGAGUAAAAGUUAGUCGAAAAGGAGGCUCUGUGGAUGUUGAUGUCGCUCAUGCUUACAGCCAGUGGCAGUCCUGUCUGAAGUGCAGCCUCAAUCUCAACUGUCUGCUGUCUUUUCCACUCACUGAACCAGACUGCGCAUGUCUUUACCGUGGUUCCCUGGUGCAUCAGGCUGUAGCAGAGCUCAGGAGAGGCAUCAGUCUGGAGGCUCUGCUGGUCAAGGGUUCCAGUGCUGAGCGUAUCUUCAAACAGCUCAAGGACAUCAUCGUGAGCUUAGUGGGAGACGACUUCAUCAAGAAGAUGAGGAGUGGACUAGAACACAGAGACGCUGGGAAAACAAAGAGAGCCUCCAAAGGCCAGAAGGAUGAGCUGGACGUUUACUUUGAACAUCUGAUGAACGAGAGCACCGACAGUGAAGACGAGGAGCUUUUAGAUGGGAGGAAGAGCAAGGCCAAGAAUCACCUGAUGGAGAUGCCAGUGUGUCCUAUCCGUGCCAGACACAAGGCUAAAGCUCGCAAUGCUCGUCAUCCCGGCAAAAAAUAUGAGAGAAGAUGCUUCGAGUAGACCUUGAAAAAAUAAUCAGAAACAAUCAGAAAUUGUUAGUUUCACUAAUGCACUUACAAUGAACAUGGAGGUAUUGGACCAGGAAACAUGGUAAAGUGAUAAUUCUAUGAAUCACAUCAGGGAUAAUCAUGUUUUUCUAGGCAUAUGACAGAAGCAGAUUUAUUUUUUAUAAAGCUUUUUUUGUGAUAUACACUACCUGACAAAAGCCUAUCCAAGUUUUAGGAACAACAAAUAAUAACUCGACUUCUAGUUGAUCAUUUGGUAUCAGAAGUGGCUUACAUGAAAGGCGAAGGCCUCUAGAUUACGCUUAUUUUACCAAAAUAAAAGAUGAUCAUGCCUUGAUUUUUAAUUAUUUCAUUAGUACAGAAAGGUCUGACUUUGCUUAGACAAAAGUCUUGUCACUUAACAGAAAUAAUGUACAGUAUAUAAUAUAAAGUCAUGGUGCAGUGAAAAAUAAUUAAUAUUGUGUAUGACUCCCAUGAGCUUGGAGGACUGCAUCCAUACAUCUCUGCAAUGACUCAAAUAACUUAAUAAAGUCAUCUGGAAUGGCAAAGAAAGCGUUCUUGCAGGACUCCCAGAGUUCAUCAAGAGUCUUUGGAUUCAUCGUCAAUGCCUCCUCCUUCAUUUUACCCCAGACAUGCUCAAUAAUGUUCACAUCUGGUGAUUGGGCUAGCCAUUCCUGGAGCACCUUGAUCUUCUUCGAUUGCAGGAACUUUGUAGAAGCUGAAGUGUAAGAAGGAGCACUGUCCUGCUGAAGAAUUUGCCCUCUCCUGUGGUUUGUAAUGUAAAGGGCAGCACUAAUGUCUAAAUGUAGCCCCAAACCAUGAUUUUUCUUUUACCAAACUUGACUGAUACUGUGAGAAUUUUGCAUCUAUGUGGGUUCCAAUAGGUUUUCUGCAGUAUUUGUGAUGAUUAUGAUGCAGUUCAACAGACGAUUCAUCUGAAAAAUCUACCUUCUGCCACUUUUCCAAAUAAUGACUAGAAGUCAAGUUAUUAUUUGUUGCUUAUACAACUGGGAUCGACGACAAGAUUUUUGUAAGGUAGUUUGCACAUGCAUAUGUGUGUACAUAAAUGUUCAGAGUAAUCUAACGUUUACACACAUUGCAAAAUGAUGAUACAGUGAGGUCUCACUAGUACAUUAUAAAAAAAAUGCUGGGUUCUUGUAACAACGUUGUGUCAAAAAAAAGUGUCAUUUACAUUCAAUUUACAUUGUUAGAGUGCAGUUAAUAUUGUUUAUUGGUUGGUUAUUAGUGCCAUUAAAUACAACAGUUGUGAAGAUUAAACAGCAUCAUUUAAGAUUAGGUAAGUUGAACUAAUGUUAACAAGUAGAGUUUUAUUGUAAAGCGUUAAUGAACAGUAGACCUAGGAUGCGUUGGGCAUGUCGAGGACAGAUUUGCAUAUGAAAAUGUUUAAAGUACACAUGAAAUCAAAACUAACCAUAUUGUUUAGGGAUAGUUUUGUGGAGAACAACUCAU